UCCCCAGUGCUCGCCCGGCGCCCACUCAUUCGCAGCCCAGCCCUCGCAGCCGCCGCCGCCUCCCCGCUCCUGCUCCUCCUCCUUUCCCCAGCCCGCCGCGGCCAUGGCGGACAGCGCCAGCGAGAGCGACACGGACGGGGCGGGGGGCAACAGCGGCGGCUCGACCGCCAUGCAGUCGUCCUGCUCCUCGACCUCGGGCGGCGGAGGCGGCGGCGGCGGUGGCGGGGGCAGUGGUGGCGGUGGGAAGUCGGGGGGCAUUGUCAUCUCGCCGUUCCGCCUGGAGGAGCUCACCAACCGCCUAGCCUCGCUGCAGCAGGAGAACAAGGUGCUCAAGAUCGAGCUGGAGACCUACAAACUCAAGUGCAAGGCGCUGCAGGAGGAGAACCGCGACCUGCGCAAAGCCAGCGUGACCAUCCAAGCCAGGGCUGAGCAGGAGGAAGAAUUCAUCAGUAACACGUUAUUCAAGAAAAUUCAGGCUUUGCAGAAGGAGAAAGAAACCCUUGCUGUAAAUUAUGAGAAGGAAGAAGAGUUCCUCACUAAUGAGCUCUCCAGAAAGUUGAUGCAGCUGCAGCAUGAGAAAGCUGAACUGGAGCAGCAUCUGGAACAGGAGCAGGAAUUUCAGGUCAACAAACUGAUGAAGAAAAUAAAAAAGCUGGAGAAUGAUACCAUUUCUAAGCAGCUUACAUUAGAACAGUUGAGACGAGAGAAGAUUGACCUUGAAAAUACAUUGGAACAAGAACAAGAAGCACUAGUUAAUCGUCUCUGGAAAAGGAUGGAUAAACUUGAAGCUGAAAAGCGAAUCUUGCAGGAGAAAUUAGACCAGCCCGUGUCUGCUCCACCAUCGCCUAGAGAUAUCUCCAUGGAGAUUGAUUCUCCAGAAAACAUGAUGCGCCACAUCAGGUUUUUGAAGAAUGAAGUGGAGCGGCUAAAGAAGCAACUGAGAGCUGCUCAGUUACAGCAUUCAGAGAAAAUGGCCCAGUACCUGGAGGAGGAACGCCACAUGAGGGAAGAAAACUUGAGGCUGCAGAGGAAGCUGCAGAGGGAGAUGGAGCGAAGAGAAGCCCUGUGUCGACAGCUCUCUGAGAGCGAGUCCAGCCUAGAAAUGGAUGAUGAAAGGUAUUUUAAUGAGAUGUCUGCACAAGGAUUAAGACCUCGCACUGUGUCUAGCCCAAUCCCUUACACACCUUCUCCGAGUUCGAGCAGGCCUAUAUCACCUGGUCUCUCGUAUGCAAGUCACACAGUUGGUUUCACACCACCAACAUCAUUGACUAGAGCCGGAAUGUCUUACUACAACUCCCCAGGGCUUCACGUGCAGCACAUGGGAACAUCCCAUGGUAUCACAAGGCCUUCGCCACGGAGAAGCAACAGUCCUGACAAAUUCAAACGGCCCACACCGCCUCCGUCUCCUAACACACAGACCCCAGUCCAGCCACCUCCACCUCCUCCUCCACCACCCAUGCAGCCCACCAUCCCCUCGGCAGCCGCCUCGCAGCCCGCCCCUUCGCAACAUUCGGUGCAUCCCUCCUCCCAGCCUUAAUGCAUGUGCUUAGUCUGAAUUUCAAGUUGGGACUCAUCCAAUGGAGCCGUCUGCUCAACGCCAAAGGCUUCCUUCCCUGGCAUAUUUGGAUCUGACUUAUUUGCACUGAGGUUAUCUAGGCUUCACUAUUCAUUGUGUUGUAAAUGUUUGUUGGAAACACAGCCAGUGUUGUGGAUCUACAACACUAACCAGAUGACUUUUUCCCCAUCAGUGUUUUACUUGAAUCUACAUGUAUAUCCAUUCCCUGGCUGGAACAUUCGCUUUUUGGUAUUUGGUAAUACAGCAACAGUGUGCAAUUUUUGCUUGGUUCCCCCACCCACAAGCUUCAUUUUCUUGGCUUUUAGGUUUGUUAAAUAAAAAGGGAUAUCUUUUUAUUUUUUUUUCAUGAAUUUGCAGAAAAUUACUGAGCUGUUAUUACCUACCCCCCCUUCUCCAAUUGUAAUGGUGUUUAUCAGACGUACCAAGAAUUCAGCACUACAAUUCAGACCUUUGAAAAUCUAACUGUCAGUGCAGAAUGGGGAGUUAAAUGAAUCAGUGCCCAAGAUAUAUUUACUGUUUAAUACAGCUUUCUACAGAUAUACUUUUUAUAGGUUAUUUUCAGUGUAAAUCAACAUCCAUUAUCUCUUGUAAAACAGCCGAAAGUACCAGAUCACAUGGCUGUUUCUUCUCCACAUACAUGGGAUGGAUAAUUACUGCAUUUUAAGAUGUGAUUCUGUCUUUUAUCCUAAAUGUUAAUCUACCUACACUGGCCCCCUUUAACAUGAGCCGAGAAGUAUCCUACCCACCAGUGGCUUCGAUGGCUGAUUAGAAUGUGCUCUUUGAUUUCUGCUGUGGAGGGCAGUGUGAUUGCAACAGAACCAAGGUGUUUUCUCCUUUGAUUCUUUUUUGUGUUCUCCUGAGAUAAAGUUCAAACAAAUAUUUUAAUGGUGCAAAAUACAAUUAGAAAAUACUAUUUGAAAUGGACAUUAUAGGAAUAUCUUGGCAUACUGACCACAAAAUAUUUCAUUGCUUGGCAGAAAAGAAGUAUAGAGAAAAGUAGUACAUUAGCAUUGAUGACUGCUUAUUUCACCCAGUAUAAGCAAGUACAGUGUACAAAGAAGUAUAUUCUGAAUACAUUAUUUCCAUUUAUUUAGCACAAAUUGUGUGGUUUCACUUUAAAGUGGAACACUUGAGUCACUCUUCUUAAUACUUGCAACAUCUUUUUUUGUUUCAGCAGUUUUUUGUACUUUGGUAGUAAAGUGAUUUUUACCACCUGUGUUUGCAUAUUUAUAUAUGCUGUGGAUGAAAAUAACUUACUAGAGAAUGUAUAUUUUAUGAUGAGAACGUGUAUCUGUUGGAUAUAAUCAGAGAAUUGAAAAUUAAUUUAUCGGUAAUUUUUAAGAGUUCGUGUUUUGUGACAGCCAUCUCUAAUAGCAUAACUCCUUAUGGAACACACUCCUAAAAAUAAGGAAUCAUGACAUUGUAGAUAUUUAAUAUUGUACAGUAUAGAAACUUCCAUUUUUGCCUUCGAAUGUGUAUUUAAGAAAUAACAAUGAAAAAGUGUUACUGGAUAAUAGUGUUUGGCUAGCAUUUUAAGAACUUGAGAGUAAAAGCAACAAUAGGGUUUUUUUUUUUUUUGCCCUCUUCCUGCUUCCACCCCCAAACUGAGAAUGUCAUCUUUAAUUGUUAGGAAGAAAAAUUAUUGGUCUAUAAAAUUUUUAUUUAUAAUGUGUAUGUAAUAUACAUAACCGUAGUACAGUUCUCAAACAUGGGGAAGGAGUUUGACAUUUGUUAUUGAGGCUUUAGAUUUUUAAUAUAAUCACACCGGGCCAUGUCAAACCGAGAGAUAUCUUGGACAGCUCACUGACCUUGCUGGUAUAUUACCCAUUCCAAGGAACUCUGAAACUAGGCAAACACAUUUUGCCUUCACGGUACAGUUCUUAGUUUCUCUUACAGGAGAAAUAAUGAUAUAUGUUUACAAGAAUCUUUUAUGAGAUUGUAGAUUUCAAUGCUGUUGGUUGGUGUCUUGUUAUCCAAGAAAGUCCAUAAUGUAACGAUCUUGUCUUAGUUUCCUAUCAAUUUAUUUAUCUCCUGAAAGCACAAAGUUAAAAACAUUGCCAUAUGGUGAGUGAAAAAGCACUUGGAGUGAGCAAACAGUCCCUAAUAAAUGCCUUUUAGAGAGAAGUUCUUGACCUUCAGACUUUUGCAGUGUAUUGCUGGUUCUCCUAGGCUCAUCACUUCAAAACAAAACACAGCUCCUUUACACUGCACUUUUCCAACAUAAAUCUAGUUGCCUCUCUCUGCAGAUAUUCAGAACUGAUAGAACAAACACUACUAUUUUGAAUUUAUGAUGUAUCAUGUCAUUUUUAGGUGUUUUAUGACCUCAUGUGGAGCCUGUAGCAAUUGAGCAGUACCUGCUAGGACAAUUUCUUGACAAUGGCUUAGCCACCAGGGACUGGUAAGCAUCAGGUCCUGAGCCUGCAAGAGGCAGGAAGCUCCUCACUGGUGGGAAACUGAAUUGCCUAUAUUGGACACUUCACGAGGAGCUGAACAUGAUUCCUGCCAUUUUGUUGCCUGCUCAUCCAGGCUGACCCUGAAUUGAUCCCAGAAGGUCCUUGUAAAAUCAGCUGCUUUGCAGGCAGGUAGGGGAAACAGUAGCUUCAUUUCCUGUCUCGCACAGCUGACAGAGACCCUUGGCUACCACUGUGCUGCUAAUAGGAUAAGUACUCUGUUGCCAGAUUACCAUGCCUUUUUUACAAAACCAAAUUAACUCAGUACCUGACACCUCUGGGCUCUGAACUGAACUGCUUUCUCUCAUCAAGCAUGCUGGCAUUCUAGACUGAAUUCUAGAAAUUUGGCAGGUGGUAAAUGUGUAUAAGAUUUAGUUUAACUUGCUCCUUUUUUGAAUGGAAGGAGUUUUAAAUUCUGAGCUCCUGAGAUACUGACUAGCAACCAUGGAAUGAAUGUGUGACCAGAAUGUGGCUUUGACACCAAGUGCUGCUGUGCCUUUGUAAUUGGCGUCUAACUGAUUCGGCCAGAAAUAAUCAAUAAUGUGAAUUUUUGUUCAUUGUUCAAUUGUAGGAAAAUACAAUCUGUAUUGCCCUUCGUUAGGUAAAUAGGAACUUUUCCCUGCACAAAACCUUGCUUUUAGAGGAUGCCCAGUAAGGCAAGAAAAAUCAUAGAAACUUGUGUGCUUUGAGAGCUUAAUAUUUUUAUCAGUGCAGAAGAAAUAUUUCUGUGUAACUCAAUCUUCUGUCUAGUACUUGUCUUGUAGGUAACCAACACUGAAAACUUUGUAGUGAUGACUACCAAAGAAAUACAGAGUAAAACAAACUUUUAUUUCCAAAAUAUUACAGAGCCAGCCAUUGAUGCUGCUACAAGUUCCAUGCUCAAGAGCCAUUGUAAGAGAGAUUGGGGGGUUUUUAGGUUUUUGAUUUGUUUUUCUCUUCCUCCCCCUCCCCCCUUUAUUUCUCUCUUUUAGAAAAGAUGUUAGCAUAAUGUUUCCAGGAGCAUUUUCCAGAAUGCUCAGCAGUGGUGAUUAACUGCCACACCCAGGUUGCCUCUUGGUCGGCAAUUGAAGGAGUCUUGUGUUCAUGAUUGUGUGGGCACUGUGUGUGUGCGUGUGUGCAUUCAUGCCUUAACUCGGGUUACUGCUCAACUUUAGCUUUUGACUUAGUCUGCACAUCAUCUAGAUUGUAUUGUACAUCUCAAUCUGAACUUCAUCCUGGCAAAAACAAAGUUGCAGGCACAACAGGUUAAGAAUACAUUCCUCUAGAAGAGCAUCUGGUCAGAUUGACCCUAAGUCUUCUUUGGACUUUAUUUGUAACUUAGCCUGGAAUGCAAAAGUGAACUGUCAAGCAGAAAGAUGUCAACAGGGAGAAGAGGAAAGCCAGAUGCUAGCAUGCCUUUUGCCUCUGCAUAUCUGUGCACACUGUAUGUUGUUCAUGAUAGCUUGUCUACAACUUGACUAGGUUGGAGUUCUGGUAGUAGUGGCAACUUGACAUUCUUGGUCGGAGUUUAGAGAGAUGUAAGACUUCCAAUUAAUGUCUUAUUUACUUUAUGUUGAUUAGUCUUUGGUACAUGUGCUGAAUCAGAAACCUAAAUAAAGAUAAUUUUUUAAAAUGUA